AUGAAGAGCUGUAAGCACAGGUCCUGGCUGUCCCUUCACGGAAAGGACAAAUUUAUGUUGCAUUGUGCUAGUACUUUGAACGAUAUAAUCACAAGCCUCGACAAACCUGCCAGCAAGACCCCGAGUCUGGUCGUCAUGCUUGGUAACGCUGCUAAAGGAACACUGUUAGCCGAUGUUCUGCCCACUAGCAGAACGCGUGUGAAUAGCCGAGCGUCUCAUGGAGUGACUCUACAACUCAACUCUGCUACCGCUUUUAGUGAUCAUCCAAUGCUGGUUGCGCAUGAGGAUACCUCUAAGCGGAACUUGGUGUGUUUCUUCUCCGCAGGAGAUCAUGAUGUGCAUCGUCAGGUCGACUGCAUGGUACCGUGGCUCGAGCAGACGCUCGGCCAGGGGCCCAGCGCCACAGUAUAUCCUCGACUACUCUUUAUAGCGGCAUCUUCAGAGAAGCGAAGUGAAGCCAUCGUACAAGACCAGCUCAUAGGUCUCUUGCGUACGCGUCUGCAACAGCCUACAUUGGAUGUAUCCUCUCGCCUUUCUGUGUACGUUAAGAACAAUAGCACACAGACGCUAACCGACCGCAUCAAACACGAGAUAGAUAAUACCAGAAUUCAGCGCGCUCGUAAUUAUACCCUCUUAAAUGCAGUGCACUUCGAUCUCUUGUUUCGUCAGGCUUGCGAUCACUUUGUCAGUGGCGAGCGAGCUCCGUUCGAUAUGAUCGCUGCAUCACGAUCGCACCGCUCCGUAUCCCCGCACCUGCGCACGUAUAUGAACAUCCUUUUUGACAUGGUAGAUAGCGUUCAAGAUGUGGUAGAGUUUGCGAUUCCAUUUGCCGCAGUGUCUAGUGCGGAUGAACAGCUUCAAUCUGCUAACUUAUUAAAGUCUUCGACCCGCUCCAGGUCUGCCUGUAUAGAUAUAGCUGCGAACACGCGACGAAAGUCCUCGAGACACUGUGACGAUUCAAGAUUGCUGCUUCGCAGCCAGUGGCUCUCACUAUUUGAGCAGCACUUCGUGCAAAGAAGAAGCUGUACCGAAACAGAUCCUUACCUCUACAAGUUGGAUGACUGUCCUUUUUGCUCCCAGACUUGCAAAGCCAGUGUGCGCGUGAAACCUGCCACUGCGGGUUUGCGCGUGCUUUCUAUUGAUGGUGGUGGCAUUCGCGCCACGGCUCCCUUUCAAUUUCUUUCCGCGCUCGAAAAAGCGGUAGGUCUUGAUAUGCCUAUCCAAGAACACUUUGACCUUGCCUAUGGAACAAGUUCAGGUGCUUUGGUCCUUCUAGUGCUCUACGGCCUGGGCAUGCGAGUUGAGAAGGCUUUUACUUUGUUCAGGCAGUUUUCAGCACGAGUGUUCAGAGAACGGAAUACAUUUGGUCUAGGACUUCUUGCCAAUAUCUAUGACUUCAUCACUUCGUGGCGCCACGGCCGUUUCUCUGCUAGCGACAUCGACUAUGCUCUAACAGAAAUCUUCGACGAAUCCACAAUGCUAGAUCUUCAGUAUAUGAAAUUAAUCGGAGCACGAAUGGGUUUUCCUGUUGUCGAUACCAUCACAUCAGAAACAUGUCUGGUGACAAGUUACAAUGGAACUGGUUCAAGCCACAGCGAUGAGGCAUAUACACGGAUGCUAACGUACCGGCUCUUGCGCUCAGAAGAAGUCAGUAGCGAGAUAUGCAUCAAGGACGCUGCACGAGGUACAUCAGCGGCUCCAUGGUAUUUCACAUCUCACAAGAUGCCUGGCCAUGGUACAUUCAUCGAUGGAGGGCUAAGCAACAACAACCCCUGCAUACUUGCCGUACAAGAGCUUCAGAAGAUAGCUCCUAGGUUGAACCGUGCCGACCAUUUCGUCUCGAUUGGUACAGGCGUUUCGACAACGAGAACUUUUGCCAAAUGCAACUUCUACUACAGUCUAUUCCUGAGACUACUCAACGGAAACAACUCCGUACAGCCGACUGCCAAGCACUACCUUAACGUAAAUUUUGAUGGUGAUAAGAUGUUCGCACUCAUGCGACAGAUUUUCGCUGCAUCGUUGCCUGGAGGGGCUGCUAGCGUUGAUAAAUGGCUUCAUCGAUUCAACCUACCCGUGGAAGGCGAACUACCGGAUCUUUCCGACGCUUCUGCCAUAGAAGGUCUUGCUGAGACCGCUCAUUCUUACUUUGCAAAAGACCCCGCUGUGCUUAAUCUAGCCGAUGCUGCACUCGCUCUCAGCUUCUACUUUGAGUUGCAGCCAGGAUGCAUGCCAAUCUACGAGCGCGGCUCCUACACUUGUUACGGCUUGAUUCGAUGUCGUAUCCCUGGAACCAAUCCUGCGUUAUCCAGGUUGAUGCAGAAGCUCGAUUGCUUAGACGCUAGUUUCCAGAUUCAAAUGCAAUUGUACGAUCCAAAAGAGACCAUGUCAACAUUGCGCGAUCGGCACGGGAACUUCUGCAAACCCGUGUGUUUACGCGUUCAUUCGCUCAACGACGAACUGGAUGUUCGCUUGAGAUUGCGGGAGGACUGUGUUCAUCAUAUCAGCGCUUCGCCGAUAACCUUCAAAACGCUAAUUGAUCUACAGAUGCUGGAGUGGAGUGCGCUCAAGAAUGAACACACUGAUGAACGAGUGGCAAGCAAGAAGAGGCGACGAGAUGACUCGCCCUUGCAGACAAAUAAGCGACGUUGUCUGGAGACUACGUGA